AAACGAAAAAAAACAACAAUUUGAAGUGAAAGAAUUUUACUGACAGCUAAGCGUAUUAAGAAUUAGGAUCAACUUUAGCUGAGAGAGGUGAAAAAAGCGGAGAGAGAAAUGAGGCGUCAGGAUGAUGUCACCACUACUGAUGCACCAGCAGCUACGGAAGCACCAGCAGCUACGGAUGCUCCAGACACUCCAACAGAUGCAGGUUUUACAGGCACUACAGCAGGUGGUAAUGCUACUAAUGGUACCAAUCUUACAGUCACAACGCCCGGCCCGCCGAAGGAAGCUCCUCAAACAUAUUACUUACCAAUAUUCGUGCUUACUGCCAUUUUUGGUGCAAUUUUUAUCAUUGGACCACUUGUAGUACGAAAAGGACCCAAUAGUGGAAUAACAAGAUGUUGUAUCAUGAUUACUGCAUUCUGCAUGUGGAUAUUCUGGACUACUAUGUACAUAUCACAGAUGAAUCCCCUCAUGGGUCCGCGCCUACAUAACGCGUCCCUAGCCUGGUUAGGACACAAAUGGGGUAAGAACCCGAAGACUCUUAAAACCUUGGAAGAAGCAUCAUAAUUAUUCUAAUGUUGGACUAUACAAUGUGAUAGGGGUGGGACUUCUAACCCGUUAAGGCUGAGUACUACAUCUAAUUUUAUCGACAAAAAAAUAAUAUGGGGGAUUGAACCCCUAAUUGAAAAUAUUGAAAAAUAGUGAUUUUUUCGGUAAAAAUAAUUCACAAAUGAUUUUUUUUCUCACUAAAACAUUUUCAAACAUAUAAAAAAAUUAAUGAUUUAGUUAGCCAAGGUUAUUAGCUACCGUUUGUCGUUUUUCUACAAAGCAUACAACCUUUGAUAUCAAAAAAAGUAAAAAAAAAUAUUAAAAUAGCCAUAAUUUUUAGGGGGAGGGGAUUCCACCCCUUCGACCCCCGACUUUUGUCGAUAAAAUUAGAUGUAGUACUCAGCCUUAACGGGUUAGAAGUCUCACCCCUAUCACAUUGUAUAGGAAUCCCAAUGUUGUAGGCUGUUCUCGAAAGUAUCCAGCUUCACAUGUCACAAUUAAGCAUAAUUGCAGCUAGCAAGCUGUAAAGCGCUUGAAUUCGGUUUUAGGAUGUCAUCGAUCCCUUUUUAUACUGAGAUAAUAUGUAGUUAGUCGUCUAUAAUUUAUUUCAUUGUUUUAAGAUCAUUAAGUAUUAUCCUUUGUUUCUCUAUUUCUGUUUCAUUAGGGAGAUAUUAUAUUAAUAAAGUAUUAUUAUGUAAUAAA